UCGGGACUAAUUCAGACGCUGCUGCUGAAGGAGGGAGUGUGUGUUUUUUCCUCCCACCGCCACAGUCUACGUAUACGAGGGAGCGCGCGAACCUGCUGCUACUCUCAGUGCGUCGUCGAGGAAGGAUGCAGCCACACGGACCCAGCUGCGAUAUGUGCGGAUUUUGCUCAGACCCUCGUCGCCACUUAUAAAAAGAGGAUUUUACAAACGCUUGAAAGUCUUAAUUCUUCUCGUAUUGAACGGUCUUCUCUGUCGUGAUAUAUUCUACAGUCUGACACGAAUCCUUUCUCGAGCCCAUCAGAUGAUUUGUUUACUAUUUCCAGUGAGAAUUGGGUCAUGAUCACAUCGCCCACGGUCUCUUUCCUGAGAAACAGCACCAAUCCAGCUUGGGAGAGCAGCUCGUCUGGGAAGAAAGGAGCGGAGAAGAACAACAAGGUUUUUGUGCAUUCGGUUUCUCCCACCGAUCCCUCGCGACAGGCGAAUCGUCUCCCCAUAAAGGUUUUGAAAAUGCUCGCGGCACGGGCCGGACACAUUUUACACCCGGAAUACCUUCAACCUCUGCCGUCCACACCGAUCAGUCCCAUUGAGUUGGAUGCCAAGAAAAGUCCGCUGGCUCUCUUGGCUCAGACCUGCUCCCAGAUCGGCAAACCCGACCCACCGUCUUCCUCCAAGCUGUCCUCUGUGACAAAUGGAUCUAGUGACAAGGACACGAAGUCCGGACCUCUGAAAAUGAGCGACAUUGGAGCCGACGACAAGUCUAGCUUCAAGCCCUACGCCAAAACAUCCGACAAGAAGGACUCGUCCGGCGGUCUUGGUGGAGAUAAAACCAGUUUCCGGGUGCCUAGCGCCACCUGCCAGCCGUUCACCCCAAGGACAGGCAGCCCCAGCUCCUGCACCUCCGUCUCCCCGCUGCCGUCAGACAGCAAGCCGGGUGAGAAGGAGGACAAGAAGGACUCCGACAGCAAUAAAAACAACACGACGGACAACAGCGGCAGCCACAGGAUUAACUCCGAUGCACACCAGCAGCACCAGGAACACACGUCCGGGUCCAAGACCGUCACGUCAGACUCGAUAUGCGUGACGUCCUCCUCAUCCUCCGUCCUCGGAUCUGGCCUUGUCGCGCCCGUGUCCCCCUACAAGCCCGGCCACUCGGUUUUCCCCUUACCCCACGCGGGUAUGUCUUACCCCGGAAGUUUAGCAGGUGCAUACGCGAGCUACCACCAACCCUUCCUCCCCCACGGAAUGAGUUUAGAUCACGGCAAGUCCAGCAGCCAGCUUUUAAGUGCCCAGUUCGCUAACUCACUGGGAUGCAGUAAAGCUGGAGGCAGCCCCCUGGCCGGAGCCUCACCCCCGGGCCUCAUGUCGGCCAGCCUCUGUAGAGACCCCUACUGCCUCAGCUACCACUGCGCGAGCCACUUGACCGCCACGUCCGGCGCCAACUGCUCGCACGACUCGGCCGCGGCAAACGCUUUGAAGUCUGGAUACCCGCUCAUGUACCCCACGCACCAGCUCCACGGCGUACACCCCUCGACCCCGACCUUUACAGGACACCCUCUGUACCCCUAUGGCUUUAUGCUGCCGAAUGACCCCUUACCCCACGUUUGUAACUGGGUCUCGGCGAAUGGACCGUGUGACAAGCGCUUUUCUUCCUCCGAGGAGCUCCUGGGCCACUUGCGGACUCACACGGCCUUUGCCGGCGCGGACAAGUUGAUAUCAGGAUACCCGGGCUCCUCUUCUCUGGCCAACGCUGCCGCCGCCGCCGCCGCCAUGGCGUGUCACAUGCACAUGCCCCCCAACGGGGGCCCCGGGAGCCCGUUGGGUCUCAGAAGUCCGCAUCACCACCUCGGACUGAGCAGUCGCUAUCACCCCUACUCCAAAAGCCCGCUGCCCACAGGAGGGCCAGUGCCGGUACCCGCCGCCACAGGAGCGUACUAUUCCCCCUAUGCCCUGUACGGGCAGAGACUCACCACAGCAUCGGCGUUGGGAUACCAGUAGAGACAGAUCACCGUACAUUUAUAAGAGGAGAUUUAGGGCCUGAUGAGUUUUAUAUUGUACAUCAUGCAGGGCGGGAUCCAUGUGGGCUUAAUGUAUUUAUUUGCGAUAGCUCCAAGCGUGACUAAAAAAUAAAAUAAUUAUAAUAUAACUUUC